AUGGGCAACAAGCGGUACUGCACCCUGCGUCAGUCCCAUAGCAACCUGCAGCGCCCCCCAGGACACCGCAUUGGCAGCAGGAGAUACUGCACCCUGCGUCAGCCCCAUGGGACCUUGCAACGCCCCCGAGUGGCAGCAGGCAUACAAAUCCCCUGCUGUCCCUUGGCAUCCUGUUCUGCACCCCCCAACUCUAACCCCCCCCGCCCCCCCAGGCGAGUCUUUACCAUCAAUGACUUUGAGAUCGGGCGCCCGCUGGGCAAGGGGAAGUUCGGGAACGUGUACCUGGCCCGAGAGCGGGCGUCCCGGUUCAUCGUGGCGCUCAAGGUGCUCUUCAAGUCGCAGAUGGAGAAGGAGGGCGUGGAGCACCAGCUGCGGCGGGAGAUCGAGAUCCAGUCCCAUCUCCAACACCCCAACAUCCUGCGCCUCUACAACUAUUUCCACGACAAGAAGCGGGUCUACCUGAUCCUGGAGUACGCGCCCCGCGGCGAGCUCUACAAGGAGCUGCAGAAGUGCCGGCAGUUUGACGAGCAGAAGACCGCCACGUUCAUGGAGGAGCUCGCUGACGCGCUCAUCUACUGCCACGCCAAGAAGGUGAUUCACCGUGACAUCAAGCCGGAAAAUCUCCUCAUGGGCCUCAAGGGCGAACUCAAGAUCGCCGACUUCGGCUGGUCUGUGCACGCGCCCUCGCUGAGGCGGAGGACCAUGUGUGGCACGCUCGAUUACCUGCCUCCCGAGAUGAUCGAGGGCAAGACGCAUGACGAGAAGGUGGAUCUAUGGUGCAUUGGGGUCUUGUGCUAUGAGCUGCUGGUGGGGCAGCCGCCCUUCGAGAGCUCCACCCACACGGAGACAUAUCGCCGCAUCACCAAGGUGGAUCUGCAGUUCCCGCCGUUCAUGUCGGAAGGUUCCCGGGACCUGAUCGCCAAGCUGCUGCGCCACAACCCUGCGGAGCGGCUGCCACUGCGGGCCGUGCUGGAGCACCCCUGGGUGAAGGCCAAUUCCCGGCGGGUGCUGCCGCCCGUCUUCAACCCCACUCCUGCCAACUAGCCCUGCCCCGCGGCCUCUUUCAUCCCUCACGGGGGGG